AUUGUUAUCGCUGACAAACUUCGCCAUAAAGGUUAAAGCUGAUGUUUGGUUUAAUAAAAAUCAGUUUCACAUUGUCCAGUGCAAUUUUAUAAUGCGAUGUUGCAAAGCCUAUAAAUGUAAAUGAUAAUUAAUUUUUUUUACAUUGCCAUAUACAAUAUUUUUGAGUGUGGUCGUUAUCCACACGUCAGAAAGAAUGGAUUUUAUAGUUUUUUAAGUUGGGGAAUUCAAAACUAGUCGUCGUUUUUUGGGGAUUGUCACUAACAAAAAUUUUACCUCUUUAAGCGCAGUGGCGUUCCCGAAGGUUUCCUUGCUAAUGUGGUUACAAAGAAAAAUGAAAGAAGACUUUUUAAAUGUUGAUAUUUUUUUGACUGGCCGAGUUACUCACAAUGAGCGUUAGGUAUCCCACGCUAAGAACGGUGUAUAAACCGAGCAGUGCGCGUAAAUCACGCACGACACUGCGUUUGCCAAAAUAACAUCGAUUAAACUGGCGGCGACGGCGACGAUGACGACGAUGACGAGGAAGGUUGGCGUUCGCAGCCAAGCUGUGGGUAUAACAGCUGAUUCCGUUCCGUUCAGCAGUCUCCGGUCUCGUUUCGAGUGAGUAUCGUGCCUUGUCAGACCACGUUGUGCUAUUGUUUGGAAUCACGAGAGAAUGGACAACACUGCCAAGUACCCGGACAGGCCGAAUCCCUUACGAGGUGCCAACCCAAUCUCGGAAUUGAUGUUUUUUUACAUGUUUCCCAUCUUCAAGAAAUCAUACAAGAAGCAAUUGACGGAAGAUGACCUUUUUUCACCUCUGCGAUCUCACAAUUCUUGCAUACUGGGCCAAAAACUCGAGACCAUAUGGAAGGAGGAGCACCGGAAGCGAAAAAAAUCCGCGUUGCACUUCGCCCUACUUAAAAUGUUCGGCUUACAUUUUUUUAUAUUAGGACUCAUUCAAUUAGUUAAUGAAGUAUUGUACGUUACUGUGAUACCUCUUGCCAUAGGAAAGUUAGUGCGUUAUUUCGAAGUCAACCAAACUGUGAUCUCGGAAAACGAGGCUUAUUAUUACUGCGGAAUCAUCGUGGUAUGUCUGAUAAUUGACGCAUAUUUGGUCCAUCCAAGGCUCAUGAGCCAGCAGCAUCUCUCAAUGAAGAUGAGGGUCGCUUGCAGUUCACUCAUUUACAGAAAAGCAUUAAGACUAAGCAAAACAGCUCUGGGUAAAACUACUGUAGGCCAGAUGGUUAACUUGCUGUCAAACGAUCUGAGCCGGUUCGAUCAGAGUUUCGUCCUGGCCCACUUCGCUUGGGUCGGGCCUAUUCAGGUGGCCGUGGGCACAUGGUUAUUAUAUCGGGAAAUCGGAAUGGCUGCUCUAUUUGGAGUAAUUUUUCUAUUGUCGUUUGUACCGCUUCAAGGAUUCUUGGCUAAAAGAACUUCAGUCCUUCGACUCAGAACGGCCUUGAGAACAGACGAACGCGUCCGUCUUAUGAACGAAGUGAUAUCCGGCAUACAAGUAAUUAAAAUGUAUUGCUGGGAGCAACCUUUCUCCAAACUGGUAGCCUUCGCCCGCAAAAAGGAAAUGAAUGCCAUCAGAGGUCAUGCCUACAUUGUCGGCCUCAUCUACUCAUUCGAGGUAUUCGUAUCGCGCACAUCCAUCUUCCUCAGCAUAUUAGGUUACGUACUUUUGGGCAAUUACGUCACUGCCGAGAAGGUGUUCUCCAUCACCGCCAUUUACAACGCUCUUCGGCCCGUGAUAACAAUCCUCUUUUCUAUUAGCAUAUCGAGCUUGGCCGAAGUCAACAUUUCAGUGUUGAGGGUGCAAAAAUUUCUCAGCUACGACGAAAUAGGUGAUAAAGAGGUUGCUUUGGAACUCAGCCGGAGCAAAAGUCUUACCAAUGGGAGCCUUGAUCAUUACGGCUCGUUGAACGGGACAGCCAAAGGCAUAAAAGCUUCCAAACUAGCGCUUUGCAAUGUCUAUGCCAAGUGGUCGGAUGAUGUGCCGGAAGAUACUUUAAAGAACGUCAGUCUCUGUGUGAAUUCCAACCAGCUACUGGCGGUGAUAGGUCCAGUUGGUAGUGGAAAAAGUAGCCUCAUAAAUGCGAUUCUGAACGAGCUUCCGGUGAAAUAUGGCCAAGUGGAAAUCAAUGGCGUCGUAUCGUAUGCUUCACAGGAACCCUGGUUGUUCUCGGGCAGUGUGAAGCACAAUAUCCUCUUCGGAGAAGAUUAUGACGAAGAACGGUACAACAAAGUUGUUCAUGUGUGCGCUUUACUAUCGGACUUUGAAAUGCUUCCGUAUGGUGACAAAACGUUGGUCGGAGAGAAGGGAAAGUCGCUAAGUGGAGGCCAAAAAGCUCGCAUAAACCUUGCCAGAUGUAUCUACAAAAAGGCCGACAUCUAUUUGCUAGACGAUCCUCUAUCGGCAGUGGACGCCAACGUCGGGAAGCACCUCUUCGAAAAAUGCAUUCAGGAUUUCCUAAAGGAUAAAAUCCGUAUCUUAGUCACCCAUCAGCUACAGUACCUUCAAAAUGCCGAUAAGAUCAUUAUUAUGAAUAAUGGUCAAAUUCAAAUUGAAGGAAAAUAUGAACAGCUGCAAAGUAGCGGAGUAAAUUUCGGCAAAUUGCUAAAGGAAUUUAGUGCAGAAGAAGUCGAAGAAAAUAAGAAAAAGAAGAUCAGGUCUAGGCAAAAUUCGGCUAUAGAAGAACAGAGCCAAGCCCUAGUUGACGCCGAUGGCGACGCGCCGGAAAUGGAGAAAGAGGUUCAGGGUACUGGAGGCAUAAGCAAAUCUCUGUAUUGGCAGUACUUCAGGGCUGGUGGAAAUAUAUGCUCCAUCGUUUUCAUGGCCUUUCUAUUCCUGGGCUGUCAAGCGGUUGCGAACGGAGCGGAGUACUUUGUUACCUAUUGGGUCAACAUGGAGCAAGAUUACGCCGAAAAAAUCGGAAAACAACUUACGAAUGCCACACUUUACAAUAGUACUUCUGAAAUAGCCAGAGAUCAAAUUUUUUACAUUUACGCGGGUCUGACAGCCGGAACUAUUGCUGUGGCAGUGCUAAAAUCGAUUUACUUCAUGGUGUUUUUCACACUAGCGUCGACGAAUCUCCACAACUUUAUAUUUUCGAAGAUCAUUCGAGCAAAGAUGCGUUUUUACAACACAAAUUCGUCGGGCAGAAUCUUGAAUAGGUUCUCCAAAGAUAUGGGCAACAUUGACGAGUAUAUUCCUUCGGUGCUUGUCGAUGUAAUCGAGGUGGCGCUGUUAUUGGCUGGGACCGUGAUAUUAACCUCCAUUGUGGAACCAUUGCUGCUGAUUCCGUCAUUUGGUCUUAUGGCUACAUUUUACUCUUUGCGUCUAGUUUAUAUCGAGACGAGCAGAAACGUCAAACGCAUCGAAUCUAUCACCAAAAGUCCAGUGUUCGGUCACAUGGCAGCAUCUGUCCAAGGGUUGAGUACCAUAAGAGCGUUUGGUGCACAGGAGCUGCUCAUUAAGGAGUUUGACGAGUUGCAGAACAGACACAACGCGGCAUGGUUUCUGUUCAUCGCUUCCAGCAGAUGUUUCGCUUUUUGGUUAGAUCUUUUCUGCAUUCUAUUCAUUGCCGUCGCAACUUUUUCCUUAUUAGCUCUUAAUAAAGGUAGAUUACCUGUGAUAAAAGAAAGUAUCGCAUUAAAAAAUAUAUAUUUCGCAGUUGUUCACGGUGGAGAUAUUGGUCUGGUCAUAACGCAGUACUUGGGUCUCACUGGUUCCCUGCAGUGGGGAAUGCGCCAGUGGAGUGAAUUGGAAAACCAGAUGACGUCACUGGAACGAGUGUUGGAAUACACCAAGUUGGAAAGUGAACCCGAAAGGAGCGAAGAAACGUCAAUUCCGGCAGAUUGGCCUCAGCACGGCGCCGUGCAGUUCAAGUGCGUCAGGCUCAGGUACAGCGAAAAAGAUCCCUACGUACUUAAAGGGCUGAAUUUCGUGGUGCGCCCUCAGGAGAAAGUGGGGAUUGUCGGCAGGACGGGAGCGGGAAAAUCGUCCACAAUAUCCGCCCUCUUUCAACUGUAUGAUAUUGAGGGUAGUAUCGUUAUUGAUGGGAUUGACACCACCACAUUGCCAUUGGAGAAGGUGCGGUCCAGGUUAUCUAUUAUUCCACAGGAACCCGUACUGUUUUCUGGUACUAUGCGUAAAAACCUGGACCCGUUCGAAGAAUACAGCGACGACGUAUUGUGGGAUGCCUUGGCCCAAGUUGAACUGAAAGACAUGAUCUGCCAUUUGCCAGCCGGACUAAAUUCGAAUGUUUCGGAGGGCGGAACGAAUUUCAGCGUCGGUCAGCGACAGUUGGUAUGCCUCGCCAGGGCACUAAUCAGGAACAACAAAAUUCUGGUGUUGGAUGAGGCAACAGCAAACGUCGACCCCCACACUGACGCUCUUAUUCAGACUACAAUCAGAAAUAAGUUUGGAAACUGUACAGUUUUUACUAUCGCCCACAGGCUGCACACUGUCAUGGAUUCGGACAAGAUACUCGUAAUGAGUGGAGGAAGUGUGAUCGAAUUCGACCAUCCAUACAUUCUAUUAAAGAAGGAGGGCGGAAUUUUGAGAAAACUGAUUGAAGAUACGGGAAAAAGCAUGUCUAGAACGUUGGAGAAUAUUGCCAAAGAGAAUUUCCUAAGAGGUCAGGUGGAAUGAGCCCGAAAAGAGUUGUGGAAUUUAUAACCUGUUCUCAAUGAUUCACAAUAAUAAUGGUUACUCGAAAUAGGGUCAAUUAUGAGGCUUUAACUAGAUACUUAAAUUGAAAUAUAUAAAUGUAUCUUACGUGUAUGGAUCCCAUACACAUUUAUUUUUUGAACCAUUAAGACAACUUGAAACUUUAGAAAUCCGAUUGGGAUUUCAAGAUACGCCAUCUGGUAGUCAAAUGUUAAAUCAUUCGGUAGUACAAUGAGAUUAUUAAUUUAUUAUUAUUUUAGUGGACGUUUUGUCACUGUUGAGACUUAAAACAUUAAGUUCAGAAGUAUUUAAUUUAUUUCUUCAAUCUAAGUUUUGGGUCGCAAGAAAGUUUGCUGUGUGGAGUGAAAAAUUCUAUAUUAAAAUGUAAAAGAAAUGCUGAAAUAUGAAAUCUUUUUAGCACUUGUUUCAAGGCAACCUAGACAUACAUAUAUAAAUAUAUAAAGUAUUUUCUAUGAUUUAAGUUUUACCAUGCAAAAUAACAUGCCCUGCAUUAAAAACAUCUCCCUCUAUAAUACACCAACAAUCACUUAAAAUAAUUGAAUACGCAAAUGAAUUUCGUACUUAAAACAACUGAAUUUUUGUACCAUUUGCAUACUUACCAACUUUCAAUUAAAAAACUCCAUCAAAAGAAAACUUUUCUUAUUUGUCCUUUUUUUCUUAUACACAGUAAAUAACCGUUUAAACAAAAAUUGAAUUAUAUAAUACGCCCAUAAUGUUCCUUGCUUCCAAUAUCGCACCGGUAUUCAAUUGGGCUUAAUAUUAGCAGUGGCAUUUUUCCUAAAAAUAAAUCAUUGCCAAAAAUCAUUUAAAAUAGUUGACUUUGAAACUAAAUUUUAUUGUUAUUUAUUUAUUAUAAAAUUAACAAAUUGCCUCAAAAAUAAACUUUUUAUAUCUGUUUCUUCUUAUUUCUAUUUUAUCUUUGCUUUUACCGUAUAAAUAACAGCAGGUUAUGUUUCAAUGUACUACCUUUUACCACGACUACUACUACUACUUUUUGAGAUUAUUUUGGCAACUUUUAAUUGCAAAAUUUGGAUUUAAAACUUGUCUAUACCAGAAUUUCAUUCUAUUAUUUAAGUCAUGUCAAAUUUUAUUUACACUAAUCAUCCAAGGAUUAAAACGACAAUAACUAAAGUUUCUUAUCAUAACUUCAAGAAUACUUACAUGCAACAUGUAAUACAAGUAAAAACAACAAUCAUGUUGGACACAAAAAAUAUUCAGAAGGCAACUUGUUAUCCAGAAGCAGUUACUACUGAAAAACUGAUCCUCGUCAUUUUAUAAAUAAUAAUUAAAUAUCACAGAAGUGCUAAAAAAAGCACAAAUAUAUUUUUUUAAUAAUUUAUUUUUAAAACGAAAUAAUACGUGAUGCCUAAUAAAUAAUAUUAUAAAUUAAAAAAUAUUUUAUUGGUAUAGUCACAUUUCAAACUACUUUUCGAAUAGCUUAAUUCUAAGUUCCAUCCAGUUUGUAGAAAAUCAGUUAGGGCUGCAGCUACAAUGUCGACGUUGUCAACGUAAAAAAAAUGUUUUAUCACAUUGCCAAAAUUUUAAAUGGAUAUCUCGCAAAAUUGGGCUUACUCAGAGACACUAACCUUUUUAUUACUUGCAACUGUGUAGUUAUCGAUUUUAUUAUAAUAAUGUUAUUGGUGCUUGCAUCGAUUUUUGUACAAUAUUUUUGAUAAUUUUAAAUAAAAUAUGUAAAACCGUAUAUCAAAUAAAUCAAAAAAUUAUGUUUUUAUUUUCAUUUUUUAAUAUGUGCAUAUCCUUACUUUCUGAAAAAUAGAACACAUUUUUUUUCUUCUCUCUAGUUUAAAAUCGGUGAUUAUGCUGAUCAAGCGUGCGGAAAAUGUCAUUUUAAGACAGCACCUUCUGUUACCCAUAAUUAUGAACCAAUUAGGACGAUUGUCGUGUUAUUGUGACAGAUUUUUUCCGAUUUCCGAUACUUUAGUCAGGGAUAUGCCACCAAUCAUAUUUUUUCGAUUGAUUUUGACAGGUCAUACGCCACUCGGUGAAUGUAUUCGUUGCAAGUAAAAACAACAAUCAUCUUGGGCAUAAAAAAUAUUCAGAAAGCAACUUAUCAUCCACAAGCAGUUGCUAUUGAAAAACUGAUUACAAUAGUUGCUAUUUAUAAAUAGAAAGAAAACUAACCAGGGGCGUAAUAGUUAUUUAAA